AUGUCUAGAGACACAGACAACCUCUGUCUUCUCUACGCCCCAACAGAGGGGAAAGAGCGCGAGGCAUGCCAUGCAAUCGACCCUGUAGGCUUUUACAUCCGACAUCCUCCGGAACCGCACCUCCUCAAUGCCUUCAUUACGCCCGACGAUCGGCUCUUUCACACGAUUCAUAUGGGCGCCGCCGUCGUGGACAGCACCAAAUGGAUUAUGGUGGUUGAUGGCCUGGUUGCACGACCCUUUUCGCUGUCUCUCGGCCAGCUGAAGCAGCUACCACGCAAAUCCGUGACAGCAUUCCAUGAGUGCUACGGGAGCCCAUUAAGCCCACCAAUCAACGCGGUCUGGCGCAUUGGAAACGUAACCUGGACUGGCGUCCCUUUAAUGGACUUGCUGGCCCUCGCUCAGCCGCUCCGGGAGGCCGCAUACGUGUGGUCUGAUGGACUUGACCAUGGCACGUUCGGCGGCGUCACAGCCGAACGCUAUCAGAAAGACUUGCCAAUGGCAAAAGCGCUCAGCCCAGAAGUCCUUGUUGCAUACGAAAUGAACGGAGAUCCACUCAGCAAGGAGCGAGGGGGUCCUGUCAGACUUGUUGUCCCAGGCUGGUUCGGAACAAAUAUGACGAAGUGGCUCUGUCGGUUAUCACUACAGAACAGACGAGCAGAAGGGCCCUACACAACCAAAUUUUAUAACGAGAUCGAUCCUAUGGACCCCGACGGCAAGAGGAUACGGCCUGUCUGGGAGGUCGAAGUCAACUCGGUCAUUACAAGACCAGAGCCUGGGGCCGUUGUGGCUAAUAACGCCUUGCAAGUCGAAGGAUGGGCGUGGUGCAAUGAGAAUGUGACCAAGGUUUUGGUCAGCGCAGACGCUGGGGCGUCAUGGUCUGAGGCGAAAUUAAGGUCCAGGGUAGACUUUGAGUGGCAAAGGUGGAAUGUGAUUCUGGACUUGGUGCCGGGAGAGCACAAGUUGAUAGCGAGCGCUAUUUCCGAAUCCGGUCACAGGCAGCCUAUUUCAGGUCGGCGCAACCAUGCCCAUUCGAUACCAAUCACAGUGUUGGGUGCAUCCUCGAAAUAA